UUCCUCCAACCCCGCACACCUCUCCCCACCCACCCCGCCGCCCGUCGCUCCUCCUCGCCGCCUCGACUCCGCUCCGGGGGGAAAAACUUAAAAGCGCCGGAUCCUCGGCUCCCCGCUCACUCCCCGGCCGGGGAUUUCAGACUAGAAGCUUGAAGCCAAGCUGCCAUACAAGAAGACGACAUGCUUUCAGCAACCCCCCUGUAUGGGAACGUUCACAGCUGGAUGAACAGCGAGAGGGUCCGCAUGUGUGGGAUCAACGAAGACAGGAAAAUUCCUGGAAAUGAUGGUGAUGCUUCAAAGGCCAGACUGGAACUGAGGGAAGAUACUCCCGUGAACCACAGCGUGGUGGAUGCAACCACGGCCCAUCGCAUUGAUGGGCUGGCAGCACUGAGCAUGGACCGCGCAGGCCUGAUUCGGGAAGGGCUGCGUGUGCCUGGCAACAUCGUCUAUUCGAACUUGUGUGGACUGGGGGCCGAGAAAGGUCGGGAGGCAGCCACAAGCACACUCGGAGGGCUGGGGUUCUCUUCGGAGAGGAAUCCAGAGAUGCAGUUCAAACCCAACACCCCCGAGACUGUGGAGACCUCUGCUGUGGCCGGCAAAGCCCCCAAUGGCUUCAGUGCUAUCUACAAAACACCCCCUGGAAUACAAAAAAGUGCCGUCCCGACUGCCGACUCCCUGGGCCUGGACCGGCCUGCCAGUGACAAGCAGAGCCCACUCAACAUCAAUGGUGCUAGUUAUCUGCGUCUUCCUUGGGUCAAUCCUUACAUGGAGGGGGCCACCCCAGCCAUCUACCCUUUUCUUGACUCGCCCAAUAAGUAUUCACUGAACAUGUAUAAGGCCUUGCUACCUCAGCAGUCCUACAGCCUGGCCCAGCCACUGUACUCUCCGGUCUGCACCAAUGGGGAGCGCUUUCUCUAUCUGCCGCCCCCUCACUAUGUCAGCCCCCACAUCCCCUCGUCCCUGGCUUCACCCAUGAGGCUCUCUACGCCUUCGGCCUCCCCGGCCAUUCCACCUCUGGUCCACUGUGCAGAUAAGAGCCUGCCUUGGAAGAUGGGCGUCAGCCCCGGGAACCCCGUGGAGCCCCACGCCUACCCCCACAUCCAGAACAGCAAACAGCCACGGGUGCCCUCUGCCAAGGCAGUCACCAGUGGGCUGCCAGGGGACACAGCUCUCCUGCUGCCCCCCUCGCCUCGGCCUUCGCCUCGUGUGCACCUCCCUUCCCAGCCGCCCACAGAUACCUACUCGGAAUUCCACAAGCACUACGCCAGGAUCUCCACAUCUCCCUCAGUCACCCUAUCGAAGCCAUACAUGACGGUCAGCAGCGAGUUCCCCGGGGCAAGGCUCUCCAAUAACAAGUAUCCCAAGGCUCCAGAAGGGACGGAGGGGGCCUCAUCUGGAGCUGGCCACUCCCGCAAGGCCACGGGUCCAGACCGGAAAGAAGGCAGCUCACCGCCUCUGUUGGAAAAGCAGCCGCCUACCAAAGACACCACCGACAAGCCACUCGACUUGUCUGCUAAAGUGGUGGAUGGUGGCGAGGCCUCCAAACCCGAGCACGGGAAGAAGAUGCCCCCCACGGUGCUGGUCCACAGCCGAGCCGCCAGUGGCUUAGUGCUCACCGGAAGCGAGCUGCCGAAAGAAACCUUAUCUCCUCCUGGAAACGGCUGUGCUAUCUAUAGAUCUGAAAUCAUUAGCACUGCUCCCUCGUCCUGGGUGGUGCCCGGGCCUAGUCCCAAUGAAGAGAACAAUGGCAAGAGCCUGCCACUGAAAAACAAGGCCCUGGACUGGGCCAUCCCGCAGCAGCGGAGCUCUUCUUGUCCCCGAAUGGGUGGCGCGGACGCCGUCGUCACCAACGUGUCUGGGGCUAUGCCCAGCGCCGGCCGUCCGGCCUCUGCGUCACCCGCCCCCAAUGCAGAUGUCAACAAGACCAGCCGCAGCUCCGUGGACACCACACCGUCCGUUAUCCAGCACGUGGGCCAGCCCCCCACCACGCCCGCCAAGCACAGCAGCGGCAUCAGCAAAGGCACCAAAGCCAGCAACCCCGAACCCGCCUUCAAAGCCAACGAGAAUGGCCUGCCAUCCAGCUCCAUAUUUCUGUCCCCCAACGAGGCGUUCCGAUCUCCUCCCAUCCCCUAUCCCCGGAGUUACCUCCCUUACCCGGCACCAGAGGGCAUUGCCAUCAGCCCCCUCUCCUUACACGGCAAGGCACCUGUGUACCCUCACCCUGUCCUGUUACCCAAUGGCAGUCUGUUUCCGGGGCACCUGGCCCCCAAACCUGGCCUGCCCUAUGGACUCCCCACAGGCCGCCCAGAGUUUGUCACCUACCAAGAUGCGCUGGGGUUGGGCAUGGUGCACCCCAUGUUGAUACCUCACACACCCAUCGACAUUACGAAAGAGGAGAAACCGGAGAGGCGGUCCCGCUCCCACGAGAGAGCUCGCUACGAGGACCCCAACCUCCGAACCCGGUUCUCUGACAUGUUGGAAGCGAGUAGUGCUAAGCUGCACCCUGAAGUUCCAGUGGACAAAAACCUCAAGCCGAACCCCAGCUGGAAUCAAGGGAAACCCAUCCUCAAGAACGACAAGCUUGUCUAUGUGGACCUCCUCCGGGAAGAGGCAGCAGUGAAAGGGGAUGCUGUGCUGUCCAAACCGGGCUUCGCUGCUGAAAGCGGGACCCAGAGCUCUGAGCCCCCCCAACCUCCUGCCGACCCAGCCCUGCAGCCACACAGAGAUUUCAUCACCCUGCGGGAAGAGCUGGGGCGCCUCAGUGAUUUCCACGAAGCGUAUGCCUUCAAACAGGCGCCGAGCCAGUCGGUCUUCAGCCUGAGCAAGGAGAAUGUGCCAGCCAGUACCCCCAAGGAGACCCUGGGGGUGCCAGUCUCCGCUCCAUUCCUGGAGCCGAGUCUUGGCAGUGAUGGCCCCACUGUAACUUUUGGUAAAGCUCAAGAGGAUCCCAAACCAUUUUGUGUGGGCGGUGCCCCCCCCAGUGUGGAAGUCACCCCUGCCUAUACCAAAGAGGGAGCCGAUGAGGCUGAGUCCAGUGAUGGCAAAUUGCUGAAACCCAAGCCAUCCAAGCUGGCCAAGAGAAUUGCCAACUCUGCCGGCUACGUGGGUGACCGAUUCAAGUGUGUCACCACAGAACUGUACGCCGACUCCAGUCAGCUCAGCCGGGAACAGCGGGCACUGCAGAUGGAAGGAUUACAAGAGGACAGUAUUUUAUGUCUACCCGCUGCUUACUGUGAGCGUGCAAUGAUGCGCUUCUCCGAGUUGGAGAUGAAAGAGCGAGAAGGGGGCCACCCUACAGCCAAAGAGUCCGAAGUGUGCAAAUUCAGCCCCGCUGACUGGGAAAGGUUGAAAGGAAAUCAGGACAAAAAGCCAAAGUCGGUCGCCCUGGAGGAGGCCAUUGCUGAGCAGAAUGAGAGUGAGAGAAAUGAAUACCCUGCCGGAAACAAACACGACCCAUUCGAGGCUUCAGAAGACAAAGAGCUGCCCACUGACAAGUAUUUGGUGGACAGGCAGCCUGUGAUCGAGGCAGCCCCUGAGCCAGUGGCUCCGGAUAUGCCACACAGCCCAGCCCUCCGGCUGGAUCGUAAGCGGAGGGUGUCCAGUGACAGCAAUCACACCGAGACCCCAGGGGACGAGCUGCCUGAGGAUCCACUGCUGAAAGCCAAGCGGAGAAGAGUCUCCAAAGAUGACUGGCCUGAGAGGGAAAUGACACCCAGUUCCUCUAAGCACUUAGAAGACCCACAUUAUAGUGAGCUGACCAACCUGAAGGUGUGCAUUGAAUUAACAGGGCUCCAUCCUAAAAAGCAACGCCACUUGCUACACCUAAGGGAACGGUGGGAACAGCAGGUGUCGGCAGCCGAGGGCAAACCUGGCCGGCAGGGCAGGAAGGAAGUGACCCAGGCCGAACAGCCUGAGGUCACGCCGCAGGGCAAUAACAUCCCCGACGAGAAAGCGGGCAGAAAAAGGGCAGAAGGCAAAGGACACAGAGGCUGGCUGGAAGACUGUCUGAGGCCUGGCGAGCAUGAGCAAGGCUUGCCUGUGUUCUCCGGCUCUCCACCCAUGAGGAGCCUUUCAUCCACCAAUGCAAGCGGCAAAAAGCAGACUCAGCCAAGCUGCACGCCAGCCUCGAGGCCGUCUGCCAAACAGCAAAAAAUUAAAGAAAGCCAGAAGACAGAUGUGCCAUGCACAGACGAAGAGGAAGACUGCCAGGCUGCCUCCCUUCUGCAGAAAUACACCGACAGUGGCGAGAAACCGUCCGGGAAGAGACUGUGCAAAACCAAGCACUUGAUCCCGCAGGAACCCAGGCGGGGUGGGACACUGCCAGGGGACUACUACGUGGAGAAUACUGAUGGCAAGGUGACAGUGCGGCGCUUCCGCAAGCGACCGGAGCCUAGUGCUGACUUCGAGGUGUCGCCUGCCAAACAGGACCAGAAGCCCUUUGACCGGUUACAGCAGUUGUUACCUGCUUCUCAGACCUCACAGUUGCCACAGGCCAGCUCCCCACCAGAGACCACCCAGUCUCGCCCCAUGCCCCCCGAAGCCCGCAGACUGAUUGUCAAUAAGAACGCAGGCGAGACCCUCUUACAGCGAGCUGCACGCCUUGGCUAUGAGGAAGUUGUCCUGUAUUGCCUGGAAAACAAAAUCUGUGACGUGAACCACCGAGACAAUGCAGGUUACUGUGCCCUGCAUGAAGCGUGUGCCAGAGGCUGGCUCAACAUUGUGCGGCACCUUUUGGAAUAUGGCGCCGAUGUCAACUGCAGCGCCCAGGAUGGGACUCGGCCUCUCCACGAUGCUGUCGAGAAUGAUCACCUGGAAAUUGUACGGUUACUACUCUCCUAUGGUGCUGACCCCACUUUGGCUACAUACUCAGGUAGAACCAUCAUGAAAAUGACCCACAGUGAACUUAUGGAGAAGUUCCUCACAGAUUACCUGAAUGAUCUACAAGGCCGAAGUGACGACGAGGACUGCGCCAGCUCCUGGGAGUUCUAUGGCAGCUGUGUGUGUGAGCCCAAUGAUGAAAGCGGCUAUGAUGUGUUGGCAAAUCCUCCUGGGCCAGAGGACCAGGAUGAGGAUGAGGAGGCUGGCAGCGAUGUCUUUGAAUUUGAAUUCUCAGAAAGCCCCCUGUUGCCCUGUUACAACAUCCAAGUGUCUGUCUCUCAGGGGCCUCGAAACUGGCUGUUACUUUCCGAUGUCCUCAAGAAAUUAAAGAUGUCCUCCCGCAUCUUCCGCUGCAAUUUUCCCAAUGUGGAGAUUGUCACCAUCGCAGAGGCAGAAUUCUACCGGCAAGUUUCGACAAGUCUGUUGUUCUCUUGCUCCAAAGACAUGGAGGCGUUUAACCCCGAGAGCAAAGAGCUGUUGGAUCUGGUGGAGUUCACCAGUGAGCUGCAGGCUCUGCUGGGUUCCACAGUGGAGUGGCUGCACCCCAGCGACAUGGUCUCGGAUACCUACUGGUGAGCGAGCUCACCAAUCUGCCGUGUACAGUGUGUUAUAGUGUUAAUCCUUGUGCAUAUGUGGCAUAAUACGACUAUUUCUGUAAAGAAAGGACACUAUUACAUAUGAAAAUAUCUCUUCUUUAUAUAAGAGAAAAUGACUCCAGUCGGAAGGACUUAGAAACAUGUUGUUGUCUUCGUUGUCUUUUCCUUUUCAACUUUUAGGUCUGUUUUGGUGAAGUUGUUGUGUUUCUUUCCUUUCCAGUGCACACAUGCUUUGGGGAUAUCUUUGUUUUCCUUUUUUUCCCUUUUUUAUUUUUCAAAGAGAAACAAGUGGAAGAGCAGCUCCCCGUUUUCAUGAAAUUUUGUACAAAGCUCCGAUGACAGAGAGGCCAGAGCUGUCUCGGAGUGUGGUCAGAACCAGGUGGCUAGUGAUGGGGGAGGAUGGUGAAGGCACUUGGUUAUGUUGUAAGUUUUGUUUUGUUUACA